AUGGCACCGCUAAUAGUCCUGAUCGGAAAGACAACUUCAAAUCCAGUUGCUGCGCAAAUUACACUUUCACCAACAACAAUUGACGAAAAUGACGAUUCGAGUUUAAGUGUUUAUAAGUAUAGACGAAGAAAGGAUAAGCCGAACAUUUUCAUUAAUCCGCCUUCAAUCGGACGUUAUUCAGAUGACUAUUCUCAUAAUAUAAUAGUGGAAAUGAAUGAGGAAAAACUUCAGAAAACCUACGCUAUAUUGCAAGAACCUAGACCAGAGUUCAAAGAUGACAAAUUGCGAUAUGUCCUUUUAAUCUAUACAAACCCUAUGUGGAAUCUUUUCAAUCUUUCAUCAAUAUUCAUUGCAUAUUUUUUAGAAACAUGUCUUUAUACUUUUAUUGCGCCAAAGGAUAGAUCUAUCUGGAUAAUUAUAAUUAUAAUAUCACUAAAUUUUGUAUUUACUGUUGAUGUCACGAUAGUAUUCGGAUUAAAAUUCUUUGAAAAGUGGCGAAAGAUAUUAAACUUAGUUGAACCAGAUACAGCACGGGUAUUAAUAGAUGUGGUCUUAGCAAUUCCAUUCUCAUUUUUAUAUUUCAUUAGUAGUGUGGAAUAUACCGCAUUUGAUAUAUACGCUAUUGCACCAAUGAUCGCAACCGCAAGAGUCUAUAGAAUAAUUGAAUAUUCCUACAGCAAAUCCUCAAGAGCCGGCACGAAUCAAUGGACGACCUUUUUGGCUCAAUACUUAUUAUUAUUCUUGUUGUCAGUACACACAUGGACCUGUAUUUGGUAUUUAUUCUCCUACAGAGACUUUAAUAUUUAUCAAAUUCACACAUCUUGGUCAGCUGCAGUCGUUAAUUUACCGACAGAAACAACUUUUGAUUGGUAUUAUGUCGGCGCCUACUGGUCGGUGUUGAUUUUUACAACAAAUGCAUUCGGUGAUAUAUAUCCAGUUACUACAAACGAGAGAAUUUCAGCAACUAUUGCAGUAUUAAUUGGCUUUUGGUUAACAACGGUGGUAUUCGUAGGUUCCUUGACCUCACUGUUUAUAACAAUUAGUACCAGACGUGCGAAUUACGUUCGGCAAUUGAAGAAAAUAAAAAAUCAUUUGGCAUUGAUUAAAAUGGAUACUGAUACAACAAAGCGUAUCAUAAGGUACUACGAAGAUCUUUGGUAUCAAAAGGCUGGAGUUUUUAAGCCUAAGCUUAUGAAACUUCUGCCCACUCCGUUGCAAAUGGAAAUUUGCUAUGACAUCAAUGCAGUGCCUCUCUACAGUUCUCUAUUGUUCAGAAAACUUCCCGAAGCAUUCCUUAGAAGACUAUCAGUGACGAUGACUCACCAAUUUUAUUUACCUGGCGACAUUGUUUAUAAUCAUAAUCAAAACAAGACUACCAUGAUUUGUGUCACGAGCGGCGUUUUAGAAUUGCUAUCUGAUGAGGAUGACGAAAGCCCGAUGAUAUCUUUUGGGAAAGGCACAUGCUUCGGAGAGAUUUCGCUGGUAUACAAUAUACCAGCAAGGUGUACAGUUAAGGCUGCAACAUACGUUGAAUGUCAAGUUCUUAAUAAGACUGACUUUAUAACGUUGAUGAUAACUUAUCCAGAUUUAGUUGUCAAAAUUCGAAAUGAAAUCCAAGAAAGAAUUAAUCGCAGCAUUCGUAAAAAACAUAAACAAGGCGACCAUACUCAGUUAUCUCUGAACAUUUAUGCUUCAAAAGAACGAAAACGAAGCAGCAUUAAAUGUUUAAAGGAAAAAUUACGAUAUCUUCAAGGUAUAACAGAAGAAGAACCGCUUUUUCAAGACGAUGAACUCGAUGAAAACUGUUUAAAUCUUUACAUUUUAUCCGAACAUGUUAAAAAGCGCACUGUUAAAUUUACUUGUUCGAGUUCCAAAUUUCCUUGGAUAUUGGAAUCCGAUUGUUACCUUGUUAAAUACUGGGAAUAUUAUAUGCUAUGCGUCAUUUUCUAUAUUUGUUUUGUCUAUCCAUAUUUUAUUGGCUUUGAACGAAAUUUUCCAGGGGGAAUAUUUUUCUACGUAGAAGUUCUAAUUACAAUUUCUUUAAUAAUUAAUUUACUUAUAUCUACCGUUACUGCUGUAGAAACUAAAAAGUCGUAUAUAAAAAACUUUGUAGACAUAUUUUAUUAUCGUAUGAACACAUUGGGUUUCUAUAUGGACGUAGUUGCAAUUAUUCCAUUCGAAUACAUUGUAACCAUACACACUAACGCAUCCUACUUAGACAAUUAUAGGAACCAUCUAUUUUAUUUAUGCAAAGGAACGAAACUAUGCCUUGUUUGGAGAAUAUCAAAUUUCUUUGAGCAUUUGGAAAAGAAAUUAUUAUCGAAUACGAUUAUAGUCAAGAUUCUUAAAUAUUGUGUCUACAUCGUUUUUAUAUGUUACUGGUCUGGCGUGAUAUUGUAUAUGGAAUCUUGUUUCGUGAAUAGAUGCUCCCAAAACUCGUGGUUCGAUAAAGCUUUGACCUGGCAAGAUCAAAGAAGCGGUAUGACAUCGAACAAAACAAAGUAUCACAUAUUAACAGCUAUAUACUUUUCCACGACUACUUUACUUUCUGUUGGAUAUGGAGAUUUUGUACCCGGUGAUCAGUUUGAUAUGGGAUUCAUUGCAUUCCUUAGUCUUUAUGGCGUUUUGCUUUCUGGUUACUGUGUGUCCGAAUUUUCUGCAGUUGUGACACAUUGGUCAAGAACAAAAACUGCUUUCUUGGAAGUUAUUAUGACUAUAGACAAAUUUAUGAAAGAAAACAAUAUGCAUCAAGCGAUAAAAUCGAGGAUAAUGGCCUUUUACGAGUUGCAGUGGCAAUACAAUUCAGGUGUUGAAUUAACCGGAGAAAAUUGGCUAGAAAAAACAGUUGUACCACAUGAAUUGCGCAAAAAAGUAUUACAUCAGGCAAGAUUUAAGACGCUGACUUCAAUAAGAUUUUUUCAAGUGAAAAAUAAAGCUUUCAUUCAUACGUUAACUGAAUCGGCAAGUGAUAUAAUCCUACCACCGGGAGAAAUAGUUUACUAUGGGGGAACUGUUACAAGAGAACUGUACAUUAUUGAGAGCGGUUACUGCUUGGUAACAUGUGACGAGAUGAGAGCGACGAAGAGGGAACGAGUCAUUGGCCCCGGGAACCAUCUGGGAUUGUUAGUAUUGUUGUACGGCGUGCCGGCUGUCAGUACUGUAAUUACUCUGACACAUUGCAAAUUAAUUAGUAUCAGUCAUUUUGCGUACACGUCAGCGUUAAAUCUUUUUCCGGAUAUGAAAGAACAUGAAGAUUUACUCACUAGUGAUGAGAAGAAAAAAAUAGAAUAUCUUGCGAAAUCCAAAAACUCGGACGCAUAUUUACGAUAUUAUAACCGUCUUACUCAGAAACAAAAGAAGCGUAUAACGAGUAUUCUUCAAGAUUUCUUUAAUGAUUCUUUUAUAAACGUUUUGGAAGAUUAUCGAAGAAGGAAAGAAAGUUAUGUGAAAUCGUUUACUCAAUUUAAAUUUCUAAACAAAUUAGCUCCAUAUCUGUUGAUACCAAUUGCCAUCAAACCCGAUGGGAUAUUCCUAAAAACUUGGGCUCUUCUACGAGUCUGCACCGCAUACGUUCUAAGUUUAUUGAUACCUAUUAUCAUAUCAAUGGCUCCGACUAGCAAAAUAUUUAAUGUACCUAUUGUUGUUUUGGAAGCGAUUUGUUAUGUGGAUUUAUAUAUUAUGUUACACGUUGCAUUUUACGGAGCCAAAAAUCAACUCAUAUAUCACCCUUAUUUAACUGCUAAAAACUACCUAUCGGGAUCAUUUACAGUUGACUUCCUUACGUGUUUUCCUUGGUAUGCUAUUUGGACAUUUUUUGUACCAAAACAUAACGAAAAUCAUACGCAAGAAGAUCAUAUAAAUAACAAUCACUUUUAUCAUUGUAUCAUAAGGAUGAUUAACGUUUUGCAAAUUUAUAAACUUUAUGCUGCAUUUUGGGCGAAAUCUAUAAGUGCAUUAAAAAGAGCCUAUCUUAUGAGCGUGGUGCAAUUCCUUCUACUCACAUUGUUCUUCUUAAAUUUUUAUACAUCAAUAUUAAUUACAAUGACGUGCAGAUACGUUGUAGCUUACGACAGCUUCGACUUCUUUAGAAAGAUUGAAAAACUGUCCAUACGUGGACCUUUUAUGAAAACAACUUACAACCCCGAUGGAAACAUGAUUUGUAAACUUGGUUCUUGGAUAGACGGUAGCAAGAUUUUUAAAGACCCCUACCUAACUCCAACUAAGGUAUAUUUGCUUGCUUAUUAUUGGGCAGCUACAAGUUUCACCGGUGCUGGUUUUGGUGAUAUCACUGCCCAAGAUACCGCCCACAUGAUACUUUCGAUCUGCAUCAACAUACAUGGCGUUCUGUUCUUUGGGUACGUGUACGCUCGCAUAGCCUCAUUGAAGGCUAUGGCAGAUCAAGUAAUGACAACCUUUCAAGAAAACUUAAAACACUUGGUACUGUUUUUGAACCGAGAGAAAACACCGUAUUUAUUAAAGAGGUCGGUUAUUGACUACUGGAAAUAUCAAUGGAAAAGAACUGGAGGAUGGUCGCAUCAAAAAAUUUUGGGGAAACUACAUGCCAACUUAAACGAAGACGCUGUCUUAUAUAUGUAUGAAAAAACAUUGCGUGAAAUACCGUUAUUUGAAGAUGUUGAAUAUUCUUUCUUUAGAGCAUUUGCGAAAAAACUUAAGGAGCGAUAUUUACAAAAAGGCUACAUGGUGAUGAGAUCUAAUGAGGUCAUAAGCAACAUGUACAUAAUUUACCGCGGUAAGGUGGAUAUUAUUACGAACAUUAAUGAAGUGGAGGCGUGUAUGGGACCAGGAGGAAUUUUCGGAAAUAUUCGCGGUUUCUCAAAAUACUUGACAAUGUCUAAUAUUAUGGCUUCGAGAAAUAUUGACUUGCUGUAUAUUGAAGGCGGCGAAUUUUAUUCACUUCUAAAAAGUUAUCCAGCUGUCUUAAGAAAGGUUAAAUAUUCAGUAGAUUCUACAACCAAGGAUUACGUUUUACCCAUCGUUAUGUCUGAAAAAACUAGUGUAGAAGAAGUAAGUAUGGAUUUUUACCCUUUAUCAGAUGAUGAUGAAGAAGAUGAAAUGGAUCCAAAUGUCUUCCUAGACAGCCCCGACAGAAGCAUCGCAGAAUCUCACGGUUCAAGAUCUAUUACUUCAGCCGGAAAUAUGGAUUACGUACCAGCUACCUGGUUGAUUUUGAAACCUCAUAGGUGGUUUCGUAGUAGCGUGGUGCCCGACUGUAAAUGGGUGACAUUUAUGGAUUAUUUAAUAAUGUUCCUGUCAUAUAUCGACUUCAUGAUGCUUGUAUAUCAAAUGGCGUUUUUAUCAAACCCAUACUUCUUUUACAUAUGCGUUGUUUUUGAUUCUAUAUUUCUAUACAAAGCUUUCUUGGACAUACACACCGGUUAUAUGAAUAGAUAUGGUGAUUAUAUUUUAAAUCCGAAAAAAGUGCGGGAAAUGUACUUCUCUAACACCUACCUUCGUAGACGUGAUUUCUUAGCAAACUUACCUAUAUCGUAUUUUGCGUUCGCACUGCAUCUUAAUCUUCCAAUACAACAAGCGUUAUUCUGCUACCUCAGGACGCCUCAAUUAGUUAGAAUAUCUUACCUAUUCACAUACCGUCAACAUAGAAAGAUAAAUAUUGGUUCUGCCAGCUUAUUUCUUAAAUUAACGACUAUUGCUAUAUGGGCAUCGCUGUUGUCUCACGUGAACGCAUGCUUGUUCUUUAAGAUGUCUUGUCUCACACCAGUGCAAUGUCAGUCCGCUAAUUGGAUUUCAAAAAAAGAAUUAAAUUUGCGCGCAAAUUAUGGCCAGAAUAACUUUUUCGCGCUUUACGUAGCAUCGUUAUGGUACAUGAUUAAUUUGUUAACAAUUACUGGUACUGGAGACGUAUCAUCACAAAAUGACUUCGAAGUCAUUGAAACUGUGUUUAUUGCGAUUAUUAUCAAGUUUUGUACCGGUCUUUUAAUAUCGGAGAUGUCGGCCAUGAUAACCGCACAUUCAUCGUCUCGUAUCGCAUAUGACUACGGUAUUAAUGAACUGAGAGACGGUCUCCGUGACACUGAUCUCAGUGACCACCAGAUGAAUAAAAUGUGGGACUACGUACGCGAACUGUGGAAUAGGCAACAAGGGAAACAGAUGCCAAAAUUAGUAUACAAGUUACCGUUUAGACUACGGUGUCAAGUCAUGAUGUCGGUUUACGGGACCCACAUCAAGGAAUCGAUAAUAUUCGGAAAGACUGACGACGAUUUCAAAAGAAUGCUAUGUAUGUGGUUGAGACAUUGUGUAUUUUUUCCUGGAAAUUAUAUCGUUCAACGAGGCGAUGCCGAUCAAUGUAUUUACUUUAUACAUAGAGGAGAGGUAGAAGUACUAACGGUUCACCCAAAUUUGACGGAAUCGAUAUACGAUAUUUUGGGGCCAGAGGACAGCUUUGGAGUGGCACAAGGUCUCUUUGUGGGCGUAACGCAUCAUUUUUCAUUCCGGGCUCGAACUGUCGUCGACAUUGUUUACUUAAAACUAGACGAAUGGAAAUAUUUACUUGACUUUUAUCCGAAAUCCGCAAAACUCGUGCGAAGAAAAGUUGAAAAUGUCUAUUUAGCUAUAUAGCAUUACAUUAAGAUUUGGUUUAAAAAAAAAAGUAGUAACAAUUAUUUUACUAAUUAUAAU